AUGUCCACUAGCAACCGGUCGGCCUCGAGCGCUUCCGUGAGCUCCAGUGUUUACGAAUUUGUUCGGGAACAUGGCCGGACGUUCCACAAAUACAAGGAAGGGAAGUAUUUCCUUCCCAAUGACAAGAGAGAGCAAAACCGGUUGGCCGAGGAACAUCCCGACUCGGAGGUUCUAGGCACCGAUCUGAGCCCUAUACAACCCGAUUACCUGCCAUCGAACUGCCGCUUUGAGAUUGACGACGUGGAUGACGACUGGGUCCACAGCCACAAGUUUGACUAUAUUCACGGCCGUUACCUGCUUCCAUUUGUCAAGAAGGACUGGGCCGUCUUCUUCAAAUCCAUCUACGACAAUCUGAACCCCGGCGGCUGGUUUGAAUCCCAGGAGACCAUCAUCUACUUCCAGUCAGUCGACGGAUCUGUCGAAGGCACAGCCCUGCAACGAUGGAACGCACUUCUGCUCCGCGGAAUCCAGAUGAUGGGCCGCAGUGCCACGGAGGCGUUGCGUUGCAAAAAUUAUUUGGCUGAGGCCGGUUUUGUUAACCUCGGCGAGAAGAAGUUUGCCGUCCCUAUGAACCCUUGGGCAAAAGGGGACGACCAAAAGGCGGUGGGCGCCAUGCAAAUGGCCAACAACCUUGAGGGUGUCGACGGACUCACCAUGACCGUGUUCACUCGGGCACUCGGUUGGGCCCCGGCCGACGUGGAGCAACUACUCGCCGAUGUGAAGAACGACUUAAAGGACCGAAACAUCCACGGAUACAUCACUGUGAUCGUCGUAUGGGGUCAAAAGCCGCAAUAG